CUGAAGUUAACCAAGGUAAAGUAUAUGUAGGAGGGAAAAAAGAUUAAAAAGGUAGAAGCUCUUACAAAGGGAGAAGACCGAGGCCUGGGAUAUGGAAUCCGUUCAGGUGAUCAGCAAGCACAAGCCCCAUGCAGUAUGCAUCCCAUACCCGGCUCAGGGCCACAUAAACCCGAUGCUUAACCUUGCCAAAAUCCUCCACCUGGGAGGCUUCCACAUAACUUUUGUCCACUCGGAGUACAACCACAGGCGCCUGCUUAAAUCUCUGGGCCCUGACUCUCUCGACGGCAUACCAGACUUUCACUUCGACGCCAUUCCUGACGGCCUUCCUCAAUCUGAGGAUGUGGACUCAACCCAAGACAUUCCAUCUCUGAGUGAUUCCACUUCAAAGAACUGCUUGGGCCCUUUCAUGGAACUCCUGUCCAAGCUCAAUGACACUUCAACUUCGGAUGUUCCGCCAGUCACCUGUAUUGUGUCGGAUGGUGCGAUGUCCUUUACUAUCGAUGCGGCCGAGAAGUUUGGAGUGCCUUGCGCCGUCUUGUGGACUCCCAGUGCUUGUGGGUUUGUGUGCUACACGCAGUAUCAUAAACUCUUCGAAAAAGGUUUAGCUCCACUAAAAGAUACAAGUUAUCUAACUAACGGGUACUUGGACACGACAAUAGAUUGGAUCCCAGGAAUGAAGAGUAUCCGUUUCCAGGAUCUACCAAGCUUCAUUAGAACAACAAAUGCCAAUGACAUCAUGGUCAACUACAUAAUUCGGGAGGUUCGUAGAACAUUCCGGGCUUCGGCUCUCAUCUUUAAUACAUUUGAUUCCCUUGAGAAGGACGUCCUGAAAGCUCUCUCUUCCAUGUUUCCACGUCUUUACACUAUCGGUCCACUCCAGCUGCUAAAAGAUCAGAUGAAAAACAUAGGCAGCAAACUGAAUAAUCCCACAAGCUUGAACCUGUGGAAGGAGGAAACGGAAUGUUUAGAAUGGCUUGAACUGAGAGAACCUGGCUCAGUCCUUUAUGUGAAUUUCGGGAGCAUUGCUAUGCUGACCACCGAACAGGUGGUCGAGUUCGCUUGGGGACUGGCAAACAGUCAAAGGCCGUUCUUGUGGGUAGUAAGGUCUGAUCUCGUCUAUGGCAAUUCAGCUCUGCUGCCACCAGAAUUUAUGGAAGAAACACAGGAGAGAGGGAUGUUGGCAGGGUGGGUCCCACAAGAUAAGGUUCUGAACCACCCUGCGAUAGGAGGGUUCUUAACGCACUGCGGGUGGAACUCCAUUUUGGAGAGCUUAUGCGGAGGAAUACCAGUCAUCUGUUGGCCGUUCUUUGCCGAGCAGCAGACAAACUGCCUCUACUGUAGGACGGACUGGGGGAUUGGGCUCGAGAUAGAUGGGGAUGUGAAGAGGGAUGAAGUGGAGAAACUCGUGAAGGAACUGAUGGAAGGAGAGAAAGGUAGCGAGAUGAGGAAGAAGGCGGCUGAGUGGAAGAGAAUGGCCGAGGAGGCCGUCAGCCCCGGCGGCUCAUCCUAUCAGAACUUGGAAAAUUUGCUGGCCGAAGUUCUCCUGAAGAAAUAGGAUUUAACCACAAAAGGCAUUAAAUGAUCAAAACAAUCGGCAAACAACCAGCAUAUUGCGACAAUGUGAUAUCUUGUGCAGAAUUAACAUCCGUGUGUUUUUCUGCUUGAAGAACUGGCCCUGAAUGACCGAUCCACAGCUGUUAGGCGAACUCCCUACUCUAACAGCAUAUUAUUUCACUGUUAUGUAAUUUUUAGUUCACAAAUUUAGCAGCAGGAAUAAUCUGUGCUGAUAGAAAUCACACUUAUUCCGCAAGAUGACAAUCUAUUUUCAGCUUCUGUUGUUUUUCUAAAUAAUUUCCGCAGAAAUUUGACUCUUUUUUUUCUUUUUCCCGAAA